AUGGUCCAGAGGCUUCAGGACCCCGCGGAGGUGAUCCAGAUCCGCCACCUCUCUCCCUGUCCCCUUGCCGCCUUGCCUCCCCUCUCCCUGUCCCCUCGCCGCCUCGCCUCCCCUUGUCGCCACACCGCCCAUCGCCUCCUGCACCCCCACCCGACCUUCUCCCCUCCCCUCCCCUCCCCUCCCGUGUCCCCAUCCCGUCGAAACCCUAAGAGGCGCACGGGGCAGCGUGUCAGGCUCUACGUUCGGGGCACCAUCCUCGGCUUCAAGAGGUCGAAGUCGAACCAGUACGAGAGCACGUCGCUGGUGCAGGUCGAGGGGGUGAACACCAAGGAGGACGUGGCGUGGUACGGUGGAUCUAAAACGUCUUAUAUUCGUUCCCAGAGGGACGACACCCACUACCGCUGCCUCUGCGGCAAGAUCACCCGCCCGCACGACAACUCCGGCGUCGUCCGCGCCCAGUUCAAGUCCAACCUCCCCGCCGAGUCCAUGGUCAGGCGCAAGGUCAGAGUGUUCAUGUACCCGAGCAUCAUCUAA